AUGCUAUCCUCUACAAACAAUAAACCAAGACUGCCCUCUCUAUCGAUGCUAUUGAACGAGGAUAAAAGGUCUGCCUCGGAGCCAUCGUCGCCCUUCUUAUCCUCCAUAAAUACAAACUUCCAAAGUGACUCCAGUGGAAUCAUUAGACUACCACCUCUAUCUUCCACUUUGGGAAUCGUUCGCCCUCAAUCCGCAGAAAGUUCCCUAAGACAUACCGCUAAUAACAGCAGAUGGAACCCAUUGCCCACUCCAGACAGUGAUGCCGAACUAGAAUCCAAGAAGGAAAAGGAAUUUCUAUCAAACUUGAUACCAACUCAAUCUUUUGAAUUACCAUCCGGAAAAUUAACAUCUGAUCCAACCACUCCAACAAUCAAGAAAAAGGGUAAAAGAACAACCUCAAGGAAAAAUGAUAUGUCGACACCCCUUUCAGUCGUCAAAUCUACCAUUACUCCUUCUGCUCAUGAUAAGAAACGUGCAUUUGCAUUCAUUACACAUUCUAAGGAUUCAUUUGGUGUGAAGGAACCCAAAAUCGAUAAUGCUCCCCUGGCUCGUCGAAAGAGAAGAAGAACUUCUUCUCAUGAAUUAUCCAUUUUACAAGCAGAAUUCGAAAAAUGUUCCACACCCAGUAAACAAGUUAGAUUGGAAUUAGCUAAACGUUGUAGUAUGACGGAUAAAGCAGUUCAAAUUUGGUUCCAAAAUAAGAGACAAUCCAUGAAAAGAGUCAAGAAGGCUGCUACUGGUACUACUGCCGCCGUUACACCUCCUGAAUCAACAACCACUGAAACUAACAGUUUGACUCCACCAAGAACUAUCUUGGCUUUAUCUCAUGCUAAGAAAUACAUUGACACUCAUGCAACUCCACUGGCACCAAAGAGUAUCAACAUAAGGUCAGAUGAUAACGAAAAUGAUGAAGUUAUGUUGAAAUUACCUGCACCUCAACAUACAACACCAACAAGAAAAACAACCUCAAACUCGAAUUCAUCAAGAGAGAAUACUCCAACUAGACGUUUCUCUCCAACAUCGAAGAAGAGCCAGGCACUAACAUUCCAUUUGAAAACUGAUAAAAAAAUUCUAACUCCAGUGAAGACUUCACCAAACAACAGAGUAAAUAGACUGAUAAACGGUACUGGCAAGAUAAACGUUUCUCCUAGUAAAAAUAAUAACAAUAACAUGAGUAAGCUAGAAUUUAAAUCUGAAAAGAUGCCAUUACAAGAAAUUGAAAGAAAUACCAUGAAUCUAUAA